AUGGAUUCAUAUUUCACCUUUCUAUGGCUCAACUGUGGAACAGCGUUUCUGCUAAUCCCUCCAAUUACUACAGCGAGCAACCAAAUGGAAACACCACUGAUCUUCAUCAAUAACAUAUUCAUGGAGAACUUCAGCAUAGAAAAUCAUACAAUUCAGGCUGAAAGCGUGCGGGACCCCUGGAAGUGUUUUCGUCACUGCGCCAAACACUGCGAUUGCAUUGCGUUUCAAGUCAGUGGAAAAAUGUGUGAGCUUCUGGACACGGACAUUGAUGGGGCCAUCGGGAAGCGAGUGAAAAGACCAGGAACUGUUUUGUAUCAUGUGCAGCAAAACGGCAUGAGGGUAAGUUUGAGUUCUUGUAGAGUAGUUUUCGAAUAAGAUUCGUAAACAAACUGUGAACAAUAGGAUCAGCUGAAACAGGAGCCAGCAAGGACUUUAAGUAUCUACACGAAUACUGUCUCCAAAGCUGGAAAACGUAAAUGAUCAAGUCAAAAUUGGCUGAAAAGCCAUUGAUCAUGAUUUUUGGUGGGGACGAGUCGCUUCGAAAAAUUCGCCUUAUAUGAAAUGAAGAGUUUCUUUGAAAAUAUUUUCUGUUGCAAUACUCAUUUUUUUAAAAGACAAAGAAAAGAACAAUGACCUCUUAUUCUAUUCAGUGAAAUUUUAAUUUUCGUUUUUUUGUCGUUCAUGUUCGGUUUCAGGAAAAUAGUAGAUGCCUGAAUGGCUGUUGUCGAUCAAACCCUUGCCUUAAUGGAGGCACAUGCACAGAGAAUUGCGAUGACGUCAAAGAAAAAUACAACUGCACAUGUCCACAGCAUUACCAGGGAAAGAGAUGCGAGAUAUUCCACCCAAGAGUCGAUUCAUGCCAAUCUUACUUGAAGCUGAAACCAGAGUCGAAGUCAGGCGUGUAUAAGCUUAAUGACACGAUUCAGAGUUAUUGUGAUUUUGACUCGGAACCCGGAAAAGUUUGGACUCUCAUCGAGUCAUUCUCUCAAGAAAAUAAGGACUUUUACAAACGAAAACCUUUUUAUUUCAACGUUCCGCGAAACGAAACAAGAUUGAACUGGAAUGAUUAUCGAGUAUCUUACCAAGCCAUGGUCAACAUCCGGGACAACUCGACCCACUGGCGCGUGACAUGCAAUUUCCUGUCAGGCCUUAAUUUCACCGACUACGCACGAACGACUCUCCAAGAUACGGACAUCCUAACGUUUGUCAACCAAGAUAGCUGUCAGAAGUAUGAGUACAUUUCAGUUCGAGGAAGAAGUUGUACGAAUUGCACGGGGAUGCUUGUGCAGCGUGAUAACGAACAUAUGCAUACUGAUUCAUACUGGAGCAGAAGAAACGGUUGUUCUUGGGAUCCAAGUACAGGUGCCCUGAUGGGCGAAGAUAAUUUUGGAUUUUAUGACAUUACCAAUUCUCAACAUAAGUGCACUGAAAAUUCUUUUUCCACCACGCAAUGGUGGCUUGGUGCUGAGUUCUAA